ACGCUUGCGCUUUACCCACAAUACCGUUUGGCGGGUACGUAUACGUAUCAUAGAAAUCGACGGUUAGAGGUGUACCUUGUAAUUAUUUGGACAAAUUAAAAUGGCUGGCGGUAAAGCAGGCAAGGACUCCGGUAAAGCUAAAGCAAAAGCAGUUUCAAGAUCAGCGAGAGCCGGUCUUCAAUUUCCUGUUGGAAGAAUCCAUCGACAUUUAAAAAAUCGCACCACAAGUCAUGGACGUGUUGGGGCCACAGCUGCUGUUUAUUCAGCAGCUAUUCUUGAAUAUCUAACAGCCGAGGUAUUGGAACUGGCUGGCAAUGCUUCUAAAGAUUUGAAAGUGAAAAGAAUUACUCCCCGUCACUUACAACUUGCUAUUCGUGGUGAUGAAGAGUUAGAUAGUUUAAUAAAAGCAACAAUUGCAGGAGGUGGUGUCAUCCCUCACAUUCACAAGUCGCUGAUUGGGAAAAAGGGGGCACAUUCGCAACCCGCUUAAAUAGAUUCCUAGAGUGUAAUAUGAUAAUUUAAAAAAGUUGUUUAUGUAUGAGAUAUAAUGAUAUGCUUA